AUGACUCCUCAUAUAGGCACUAAGGGUUAUUUACUAUAUGAUUUGUGUACUAACAAAUUUCUUGUUUCCAAGAAUGUUUGCUUUUAUGAGCUUUGCUACCACUUCUCCACUUCCAAUGACCAUUUGCCUCUUCCCCCACCAUACAUCAUUAAUCACGAUCCCACUGAUCUUGAACCUAUUGCUUCCGCUGCAUCCCCACCCAUUCAACCUCAGGAUGAUCCUCCACAUGAUCACCCUCCUACACCCACCCUUCCUCAACCUACUCCCCUUAGGCGCUCCACUCAACCAACCAAACAACCCUCCUACCUGCAUAACUAUCAUUGUAACCUCCUUAAAUCUGACCAAUCUUCCUAUCCUACACCUCAAGCUUCCUUCCCCAUAUCCUCCGUUCUUUCUUAUGACAACUGCAACGCUGCCUACAAAUUUUUUUGCUUAUCCCUUUCAUCCAUACCUGAACCCACCACCUUUAACCAAGCAACCAAGCAUGCUUGUUGGCUUCAGGCUAUGCAGACUGAAUUAAAGGCUCUUGAGGAUACCAACACAUGUACAAAACGCGCUUAGCCGCCAAAGGUUACACCCAACUCGAAGGAGUGGAUUACUCGCUUUGGCUUCCAUCAAAUGCUGGCAUCUCGAACAACUACAUGUUAAUAACGCCUUCUUACACGAGGA